AUGCCUGCCGCCGAGCUGAAGGACAUGCUCAACGCCAUGCUCACGGAGCAGAUUGCUGCGAUCAAAGAGUCGGUCAAGACCGAGAUCCAGACCGCCACCGCUGGACUUCAGGGCCAGAUCUCCGCGCAAGGCGCUGAGCUGGCCGCCCUCCGAGCUGCCGCUCAAGCACAAGAGCUGCGAUUGGGAAAAGUAGAAGCUAGUGCGAGUGCAACUCCGAGUAUGGCAUCCACAUCCUCCUUUCGUUUCUCCGGGGCUGGUGGCACCCAAAGUCGGCGAUUGGACGGUGCGAUCGACCUCACUCGCGACUUCGAACAGGGCGACCCGUGCGUCAAGUUCGUGGGUUGUUUUCCUCGUCCACUGCUGCUCACAAUUCGUGAAGCUCAUUUUGAGCAGUUGAAGGUUCGGUUUCCUGACGAACUUGGAGAUGGCAGACGCGUUGAAGUCCAGUACCAUGGCAUGUCGCACGUGUGCAAGGUCAAGUUCCUCCGUGCUGACACCGCGGCCGCGUUUCAGAGAAAGGCGAACCAGGUGGCCACCGACACAGACGCGCACGAGCUCGUCUCUGCCAAGCAGGCGACGGGCGACAAUUUCACCUUCGAGCAGUUCAGGAAUGCGUUCAAUUUCUGGGGCAUCAGCGACGAGCAAGCGCAGACGCUCAUCGAGGUCGCAGCGUUUGCCGACGACCUUAGUCUCGCCGCCGCCGGCGUCUACCGUUUCCCCCCGAAGGACGUGCGCCAGGUGGAGUACUACCCCGAGUUGCGGGCGCUGGCCGCCGACUCGCGGCAGAGGGAGUUGGAUGACAGGCAGGCCGCAGACCUGGCGGCGGAGCCGCCCGCCGCGCUCGCGGACGCGGAGGUCGCCAGGACCGAGCGGCCAGAGGACGGCGAGGCAGCCCUUCGCGCUCAGCGCAGGCAGAAGCUGACCCGGGGGCGCGUCGCGUCGUACGGGCGCCUUUGCGCGCGGCGUUUCCGUUGUUAUUUCUCUCUCCAUCGCAUCGUGGCCUUCGCUUCGUGA